UCUCAGCUUUUACAGGGUUCCAAACUCCAGAGUGCUUGCAAUUAGCUAAGCAUUUUGUUUUUUCUCUUCCAAAAAAAGAAAGAGAAAUUGUAAUAAUAUAUAUUUUAUUUAUUUAUUUAUUUUUAAUCAGAUCUAGACCGUUUCAGAAGAAACGAAUUCGCCAACCCAACACCUAACCUGAAAAUUUUGAAUUUAUGGAAAUGCAAUAACAACAAUAGCAAAAGCAGAAGAAGAAGAAGAAGAAGAAGAAGAAGAAGCAGCAGCAGGAGCUUAAUUCUGUUUCAGGAAACAGAAAACAGAAACCCCACUUCUCUUUUCUUCUUCCUUCAACCCCAAGAUUGAGAUGGGUUUCGCAAAACAACCAGAAACCUUCCUUUGUGUGAGUUUGGUUGUUCUUCUUAACAACCUUCACCCUCCCAUUUAGCAAAUCAAGCUUGUUACAGAGUUUGUUUCGUUUUUGCAUUUGUGUUUUCGCGCAACGGUGGAAACAGAUACAAUGGCCACAUUUCCUUUUUAUUUUCUCCCCCGUUCUACCUGUUAACGAACCCUCAAAUUUCUAGCCAUCGGAAUCUGCAAUUCUUAUCGUAAUUCAUUUCUUCGGGAAUUGUGGUUGUGGAGGAGAGGUGGCGUGGCGUGGCGUUCAUUGACACACCUUUUUUUUGCGGGAUUAUGAAAUUGAUUUUGUAAAUUAAGGAAUAAAUUACAAUAAAUAAUGAUGUCUGCGUCAGCGGCAUCGGCGGUAAGGAGCUCAUUGGAGGCCAUGCUGGAAUCGCUGCGGCGGCGAGAUGAGGCCUUGGAGAAGGCCAAAGAGCUGCCACCUGCUUUGCCUGCUCGGCCCACCUCAAGGGCUCGACUUCCUUCUGCGCGGCACUCACUGCCCACUGACUUCAAGGUAGAUGCCAACGGCCAAAUGGAGGGUGAAGUGGAAAUUGAAGUUAAGAAACAGGAGGAGGAUACUAAGAAGAAGGAAAAGGAGUUAGGGCACUCGACAGGAAGUUUUGGAAGCAAGAAGAUGAAGAAAGAUCAGAAUUGUGUGGACUCAAGUCCUUAUGCGGAGGAGAAGAAUGAGCCAGCAAAGGAGCUUGAGAUUAGUUCAACGCCAAACACAGAAGAGCCAGAGUGGGAGGACAACAUUGGUUAUUUUAUCAAGAAGAAACUAAGUAUCUGGUGUCAACUAGCUAAUGGGCGAUGGGGUUCAGGGAAUAUACAUUCAACUUCAGGGGAUGAAGCAGUUGUUUCACUUUCAGGUGGAAAUUUUGUUAAGGUGUCUACUGCAGACCUCUUGCCUGCAAAUCCAGAUAUCCUUGAGGGUGUAGAUGAUCUUAUAAAGCUUAGUUAUUUGAAUGAGCCAUCAGUUUUUCACAAUCUUAAGUGCAGAUAUUCUCAGGAUAUGAUUUAUAGCAAAGCAGGGCCAGCUUUAAUUGUUGUAAAUCCUUUCAAAGCUGUUCCAUUUUAUGGAAAUGAAAUUAUCAAGGCUUAUAGGCAGAAGCUCAUGGAUAGUCCUCAUGUUUAUGCUUUAGCGGACACUGCUUACAAUGAUAUGAUGAGAGAUGAAAAAAAUCAAUCUCUAGUUAUAAGUGGUGAAAGUGGAGCUGGGAAAACCGAAACAGCAAAGCAUGCAAUGAAAUACUUGGCUACUCUUGGUGGUGGCACUGGAGGCAUAGAACAUGAGAUUCUUCAGACCAACAGCAUACUUGAAGCAUUCGGAAAUGCAAAAACAUCCAGGAAUAGCAACUCCAGUAGAUUCGGGAAGCUGAUUGAAAUUCAUUUCAGCACGGAAGGGAAGAUAUGUGGUGCUAAAAUUCAAACUUUUCUGCUAGAAAAGUCUAGAGUAGUUCAGCUGGCCAAGGGCGAAAGAUCAUACCAUAUAUUUUACCUACUUUGUGCUGGUGCUCCAUCAAUUCUUAGAGAGAGAUUGAACCUUAAAAUGGCUAGUGAGUACAACUAUCUUAACCAGAGUGAGUGCUUGGUAAUUGAUGGUGUUGAUGAUUCUCUGAACUUUCAUAAGCUUAUGGAAGCCUUAGACAUUGUUCAAAUUUGCAAAGCUGAUCAGGAGGAGAUAUUUGCCCUGCUUGCUGCAAUAUUGUGGCUUGGAAACAUAUCGUUUCACGUAAUUGGUGAUGAAAAUCACGUGGAGGUGUUGACUGAUGAAGCUAUUACCAAUGCUGCCAGGCUGAUGGGUUCUAGUAUCCAGGACUUGACACUACUUUUGUCAACCCAUAAAAUCCGAUGUGGGAAGGAUGAUAUUGUUAAAAAAUUGACAUGGCAGCAGGCAAUUGACAGAAGAGAUGCAUUGGCAAAGUUUAUCUUUGCAAGCUUGUUUGAUUGGCUUGUGGAUCAAAUCAACAAGUCCCUUGGAUUGGAAAAACUGCAUACUGGGAGAUCCAUAAAUAUCCUUGAUAUUUAUGGGUUUGAGUCAUUUAGGAAUAAUAGUUUUGAACAAUUUUGCAUAAAUUAUGCAAAUGAGAGGCUGCAACAACAUUUCAAUAGGCAUCUAUUUAAACUUGAGCAGGAGGAUUAUGAAGUGGAUGGGAUUGACUGGACUAAAGUUGAUUUUGCUGACAACCAAGAAUGCUUAAACCUCUUUGAAAAGAAACCUUUAGGACUACUGUCUUUGUUGGAUGAGGAAUCAAAUUUCCCUAAUGCCACUGAUUUGACUUUCGCCAAUAAGCUUAAGCAGCACUUGAGCAGUAAUCCUUGCUUUAAAGCUGAAAGAGGGAGGACUUUUGUCAUUCAUCAUUAUGCUGGUGAGGUUGCGUAUGAUACAAAUGGCUUUCUGGAAAAGAACAGAGAUCUGCUGCACUCAGAUUUCUUGCAGCUACUUUCAUCCUGCAAUAGCCAACUGCUUGAGUUGUUUGCAAGUCCAUUAAGCCAAUCUGGUGGAUUGGAAUCCUCAACACAAAGUGUUGGUACUAAGUUCAAGGGGCAACUAUUCAAACUGAUGCAGCAGCUGGAGGACACCACACCUCAUUUCAUUCGCUGUAUAAAACCAAAUACUAAGCAGCUUCCUGGAGUCUAUGAAGACAAUACUGUCUCACAACAACUUCGAUGUUGCGGAGUUUUGGAGGUGGUUAGGAUAUCAAGAUCUGGGUAUCCAACUCGAAUGACUCAUCAAGACUUUGCGAGAAGGUAUGGCUUCCUACUCUUGGAGACAAAUGCAUCUCAGGAUCCAUUAAGCAUAUCAGUUGCUGUUCUACAACAAUGUAAUGUAGCCCCUGAAAUGUAUCAAGUUGGUUAUACCAAAGUGUUCCUUCGGACAGGCCAGAUUGCUAGAUUAGAGGAUCAAAGAAAGCAGGUUCUACAAGGCAUACUUGGGAUCCAAAAAUGUUUCCGUGGCUCCCACGCUCGUCGUGAUUUUAAUAAACUGAAACAAGGAGUGACAAUAUUACAAUCAUUUGUCCGUGGUGAAAAUGCCAGAAGGAAGUACAUGUCCAUGCGAAGGAGUUGCACAGUUAGUGCUCCCAUCACAGUUGAUAUUGAUAAUAAGCUGUUGGCAAUUGUAUACUUACAAUCUGUAAUCCGUGGGUGGUUGGCUCGGAAGCAAUUCAAUGAGAGGCGUAAAUUGAAUCCAAAUGCUAAAAGAAAGCUAGGAAAGAAGAUUUCAGAACUGAAGGUCAUACCACGAGAACAAAUUGAGCUUCAGACUUCGAUUUUGGCAGACCUUCAAAGGAGGGUUACUAAAGCGGAAGCAACUAUAGUGCAAAAGGAAGAGGAAAAUGCUGCAUUGCGGGAGCAAUUACAACAGUUUGAGAGACGCUGGUCAGAAUAUGAGGCAAAGAUGAAAAAAAUGGAAGAAACAUGGCAGAUGCAGAUGGACUCAUUGCAAACAAGUCUUGCUGCAGCCAGAAAGAGUCCUGCUCCUGAUAACACUGUUGGUCAACCUGGUAAAUUAUCUGAUCCUUUUGCAACACCUGGCUGUUAUGAUUCUGAGGAUAACUUGUCCUCAGGUCUUCGAACUCCUGGCGGAAGCACACCCACCAAAAUGCCUAGUUCUGUUCAUGAUGGAAGAGUAGUAGUAGGGAGCGAGACUAAUAGCCCUAUGAUUGGAGUCAACGUUCUUGCAAGGGAAUUUGAGCAACGGAGACAAAAUUUUGAUGAUGAUGCCAAAGCACUAAAUGACACUAAAGCAGCACAACCUGCUUCUGAUGCAGAAUUUAGAAAAUUGAAAUUAAGAUUUGAGACAUGGAAGAAAGAAUACAAGGCAAGAUUACAAGAGACUAGGACAAGGCUCAGCAAACUUGGGAAUGGAGAUAUUGAAAGAAGAACUCGAAAAUGGUGGGGAAAGAUAGGGGCAAAAGGGCUCCAACGCUCCCCGGCUUGAUUAGAAAUUUCCACUUGGGUUGGGUUUGUGAUGGGGAGAUAAAAAUGUGUGUGAAAUGUAGCAAGCCAUCAUUUAGUUUCCUCAUUGUGUAGUUUCCACUAUGCUAUUUAAAGCCCCAGAAAUUGGUCCAUGUUGAGAUGGUAGCUUAGUUGGAGGAAUUGUAUUUAUGUAUCCAACAAAUUGUUGAUCAAUGAAGGAUUGAUCAUGUAUAGCCUAAUGCUCUUAACAGGUUUUCUGAGAGAUUUCUGAUCUACCCUCUCUUUUGUUUUAUAAUUUUUUUAUUUAUUAACUAGGUUAGGCUGUUUGUAUAUACUGUUAUUAUAGAUGUAAUGAGACAAACUUGGUAGUACCAAGCGUGAAAAUAUGAAAUAAAAUUGUUCAUAUUGGCUGCCUUGCGA